UGGUGCGAACAGGAAACAAGCAUAUGCUGACCGAGAUGAGUUGACAGACCGCAGAGCCAGCUUCAACAAAAGAGAGAGAGAGAGAAAACAUCAGCGCUAUUCAGUGAAGCACAUCAUACACCAACAGGAAGCUACAAGAUCAAUGCAACACAAGAGGAAGUUUUGGUGUUUUCUGUCGGUCUGUGUAUGUGUGUGAGAGUAGCUCACUCCAUCAUCUUGAGGCUCCACAUACAGCUCAUCACCGAUCCUGGACAGCGAGUGGAUGGCUUUAGCCAGCACUGAGCGUUUCUCUUAAAGGAAAAGUAAUGUCAAAGGCUGUCUGGAUUGCACCUCCCCUUUGCUUUGGAAAAUAUUGUGGUGUUUACAUCUACGCAUUGUUGACAUGCUUUUCAAUGCGUUUUGAGAGACAACUAUUCUGUUCUUAGAUGUCUCAGCCACAGAAUCUGACAGACACUCAGGGACUGCUGCAGUCUAUGCUGCAGAGACUCAAGCUCCAGCCGGGACGAGAGGGUCAGUCAAUCCCAUCCAGCCCUGUUACCACCUCAGCUGCCACAUGGAAUCAGGAUGAAGACAAAGGACAGCGAAAUCCAGAGAAAUUACACCACGUCAAUGGAUUUGAACCUAAGACCAAUGGUAUUUCUCCGAAACAGUUUGGGAUCACUGCUGUGGAAAGUAAUUUUGGCUCCAAAGGUGGGGAUAUACAACAACCAAUCCAAAGUCAUGACAUGGACAGGACUAACUUUUCUUCACCCGCCGUGAAAAACAACAUUGAUUAUGCUGCAAGUGGGAAAAAGGUAUUGGGAGAAGCUGCACAGCCUGAAAUUAGCCUGGGAGGAACAGGGGAGUCCCUUCCUGCCAGAUCACUUAAGGAUCAUGAUAUCAGCCCUUUAAAAAAAACUGAUGGCGAAAAAUUCAAACUUAGCAGUCCUGCAAUGCUGAGACAAACUGCUGGAGAUAAAUAUACUGUCACGAUCUCAGGACAGCAGCAGGAACAGAGUGAAGACUUUACGGCCAGAGUUUAUGCAUGGUCCCCAAAACCCAGACAUUCAAAUGUUGACACUAGAGGUCUAGACAAUAAAACCUCAUAUGUAGAAAAUGGAGGUUUUGGAGACUUUGGUCAAAGUAAAGACAUGCUGUUUGUCGCAAGUAGCCAAACAGCAACACACAACAACUUAAAGAGAGCACAGCGAUCGUCUGAUAAUAAAAAAAGGAGGUGGACACAGAAGAUUAAGGAGAAAUGGUUGGACAGGUCAGGGAGCAAAAGGGGAAAAGACCAAGGCGGAGGAGCAGACCAUAAGGCUGAGCACGGAACUGAAAUUUAUCCCCACAAGCAGACAACAGAAGGUGUAAAUGCUUCAAGGAGAGAAUCAGAGGCGACUUCAGCCUCACUGGACAGCAGUGACCUCAGUGAGACUCUGACUGUGAUCUCUGAGGAAGACCCUUCGGAAGAUCGGACCAGGUCAUCUGGUGACUUUGACUUUGGCCUGGGUUCAUUCAGCCUCCUGGAGGAGAUUGUCACCGGUCAGGAGUGGGCUAAGUUUCUAAACCCCAGUGUCACUGCCACCUCCACCAAUCAGAAACAGCCAGAAGAGCCACUGAGCCAGCUCCAAAGCCGACCAAACAGUCACCACAGUGGGCAGUCUUCUUUAAUGUUAAGCCAACAAGCGGGCGGACACAGCUUCACUGGCACAGGGUCGACUUCAGGUCCGUAUUUCGUCUCGACACACAUGUCACCUGACGCCUUUCAACUUGUGAGUAUGGAAGUGUCUGAGGGCAAAGGGCGUCAGCAGCAGGAAGUUCACAGAGCAGCUGAUCAGUCAGAGCCAAUGGAAGAAGUUCAGACAGCAGAGAGCGGGCGGCGGCAGCAGCACAGACCGCCAUCCUUUACUGAGCCUGCAGGUAAUGUGAUCCACUCAGUCCUGAAGAACGUCCACCAGAACAGAAAGAGGCAGCACCAGUCAGCUGCCAGAGAUGAGGCGCUUCGCUCUGAGAUAACAGGAGCGGCGCUGAGCUCAGCCUACAGCCGUGAUGUGACGAAUGAGACACAGCGUGAUGUCGACAUGUCUUCAAGUUCUCCUACUACAAGUCUCACUCCCUCCUUCAGACCUUUUGCUUAUCCUUCUCGGAGUGUUCUGAAACACACAGAGUCCCUGGACUGGUCCUCCAUGGAAACAGAGACCAAAAGGAGGCGAGUGGAGGAGAACCGAAGGGUUCAUUUUGCAGAGGAGGUGGUGACCAUAGACCCUCCAGAGUUUGAUAUGGAUGCAACAGAGUCUGAGGAGGAGGAGGAGGAGGAGGACAAUUCUGUGAACGACCACGACUCGGGGCAGUUGGCCACACAGGUCACAUCGGCCUCAGCAUCAGGAGCAGCAGCAACAGCAACAGCAGCAGCAGCAGCAGCAGCAACGACGUGGCCAGGCUUCCCUGCUUGGAUACAGGCUCUGAAGAUGAGGAACUCGGGGAGGAGGCGCAGCUACAGACUGUAAUAGAACAAAACAUCAGCAUCUGAUCUCAAAAAUCACUCUCUCCUCAGAUAAUAAAGAAAAGAAAUAAAGCCUUAAAGCAAACGGAUGUGAUCUGAAGAUAUGUUACAAAAAUGACAUUUGCAAUGUCAGGCUAAUACUUUCUCAUUGUUUAUAUACAUAAAACAAUAUAUAAAUUAUAUUUAAAAGAAAAAAAAUCUCAAUCUUAUUUUUGCAUUUUUGUAAAACAACUGAACUUCAGACUGUAUUUUGUUUUGUAUGUUUUGUAUUUCACAGAAAAAACUAUUUUUGUUAACACAAAGCACCUUUAAUCUUUGUUCGUAGAAGCACUGUUCAAACUGUUCAAACCUUGUAUUGUUCUGAGUAAGUUUAACCUCGUGAUCGCUGACAUUAAAGACUGUUUCCAAACUGCUGACUCGUAUUUCAGUCAGUUAUUUUCAUAAUUAUCAUAAACAUUCUUAUCAUGACCAAUCAGACACUUCUCCAGCUUCUGUUCCAAUGACUACAC